AUGGCUUUACUCGAUCCAGAUUUAUACUCAAAUGAUGUGUUAGUUGUUGGAGAUGGGAACUUUUCAUUUACUCUUUGUCUGGCUUCGGCAUUAUCACAAACAUCAGUUAAAAUCAUAGCAACAUCACUCGAUUCAGUUCCUGCGUUAGCGAACAGUGACUUCGCUUUACAAAAUAUUGAGAAAUUAUCAUCUUUCGAAAACGUCGAGGUCCUGCACGAAGUAGAUGCAACGGAUCUUUCCCGAACAUUUGGUUCGAGAAUAUUCGAUCGCGUGAUUUUCAACUUUCCGCACGUUGGUGGGAAGUCGAACAUUGGUAAAUCAAGAGAGCUUUUAAAGCGAUUCUUUGCAAGCGCGGCAAAACAUGUUAGUCCUGAAAAGGGUGAGAUUUGUGUCAGUCUUUGCCAAGGACAAGGUGGAACACCCCUGGAUAAUCCCAAAAGACAGUUUGGAAAUAGUUGGCAGGUUGUGUAUCAAGCUGCUAAGGCAGGUUAGACACAGUGACUCUACAGCUAUUGUGCUUAAAGUUUGUAUCAGAAUCCUACAAAUCCUUUUUUUGGAUUGUCACGCAAUAGCAUAUAAAUUGCCUGACGAUCCAAACGUGACUACGUGGGGGGUGGGGGGGGAUAUUACGAGUUAGGUCAUGAGUUGAUAACAGAAGUAAGUGAAUCAACAUAACAUGAACAAGUCCCCCACAUACAAGAGAGAAUAUUAUUAUCAUCUCUUGCCCACAUAUUAUAAAGCAAGAGAUUACAGUAAGAGGAUAUCAUGACAUAUGGGCUCAUUAAAAGAGGGCAUUUUAACACAGAGAAGUUGCAGUGGGGCUUAUUUUUCAAAGGGCUUAUUUUUGUGAGGAGAAGGCCAAGAGGAAUUGUUAUUAGGAUUUUCAGUAGACAUGUACCAUGUAAGAGAGUUCUUUUCUACAGUUAUUUAUUGUGUUUUGUUCACUAUAGAUUUGAUUCUGAACGCCGUGUAUCCUUUCAGAAGUGCAGAUUAUGGUUCCUACCAAAGUGCAGGCUUCCGUGGACAGCUUGGUAAAGGCUUCCACACCAUCAAUGGUCUAACUCAUGUGUUUGUGCAUGGGGUACCAAUGGAAGCUGUACCUGACAUUGAGUAAGUUGCACUCUCCAUAAGCAAAACGUUAAUUUACAAUAUUUAUGUUCUUUUUUUAAAUUAGCAUUUAAACUUUAUAGACAAAGUUACCAGUCAUUUAUUUAAGGUAUUUCGUGUUUAUUUAUUUUCCAGUUUGCUCUUUUUUCUCCCCACAGUUCUUUCAUAACCAAUAACAGCAGCAGUUUUAUGUCAUACUGUUAUCCCACGAAGAGCCUAAGUUUUGUCCCUGGCAAUCCUCUUUACAUCAUCAGCAACAAGCUCAAAAGCUUCUUUUCAGAUAUUCCAAUUGGUGAGGCUAAUGUUGUUUUCAAGCGCUCGGAAAGUAUAGAUAAUAUCAGUGAACAAUUUGAGAAGUUAAAUGUUUGUGGCUCAGGUGAAGCAGAGGGACAACUAAACCAAUCAUUCAGACGCACAGGUGUGUCACUUUUAAGUGAAGUUGUGCAGAGUCUUCAGGAGUUUGGUGCAUUGUUUGUCAUGAGUGGAAUUGAAAUUGAUUUUUUCUUUCCUCCAUCUUCUGAAAAUCAUCCCAUAUGUCACAAAAUGAUAGCAGUGAAGACUUUUACGAAUGGUACAACAGCUUUGGAAGUUAAAAAAGAACUUUAUAGUAUUCUUGACUUGUUUAUAACAAAGAUGUGUUCUGGCCUUGAUGGUCUAAGAAUUGAAAACAGCUGUAGGGGCUUGUCUCAGGAAGGUAUUUCGACUGCUGAUGACUUACUCAAUCAAGAGAUCACCGAGUUGGAAUGUGGAAAACAGACAAAAUUCCACAAUCUCAGGAAUGCAUCAAGUGCAGACAUCAGGUGUGAAUGUGGAAAAGAAACUUUGCAGGAGAAGUGCAUUUACUGUAGGCUGGAGAAACACUAUCUUGGACAUGACAUCUCUCCUCCGCUUUGCACCAGCAAGUGCUUUCAACCUUCAACACAACGAGAGUUGUACCAUAAACAAAGAUUGAUACUCUCUUGUGGUUUAAUAGAUGCCAGUGUUCUCAGUCCUGAAACGUUUGCUGACAAGUGUUUGUGUUGGUUGAUGGAAAUCAACCUGGAUAACUUAGUUAUGACUUUAUGUGGGAUCCCUGAUGUGAGACUUCUGUGGUCCCAGGAUAAAAGAUUCAAGGUGCAGUUUUCAACCUUACAGGUAGGACAAACCUAACCAAGUGACACGCUUACUUGAAGUGAUGGUAGACUUUAGUGUUACAAUGUAGAGUUAGCCAUUAUUCUCUUCAGUUAAAAUAAUAAACUAAUUGGUGUAAUCUGGUCAUGUUUUAGGAUAAUGGCUUACCAGACCUUAGGAAGUUUGUGCCGUUCAGCUUCUUUCCUCCANCUUGAUGGUCUAAGAAUUGAAAACAGCUGUAGGGGCUUGUCUCAGGAAGGUAUUUCGACUGCUGAUGACUUACUCAAUCAAGAGAUCACCGAGUUGGAAUGUGGAAAACAGACAAAAUUCCACAAUCUCAGGAAUGCAUCAAGUGCAGACAUCAGGUGUGAAUGUGGAAAAGAAACUUUGCAGGAGAAGUGCAUUUACUGUAGGCUGGAGAAACACUAUCUUGGACAUGACAUCUCUCCUCCGCUUUGCACCAGCAAGUGCUUUCAACCUUCAACACAACGAGAGUUGUACCAUGAACAAAGAUUGAUACUCUCUUGUGGUUUAAUAGAUGCCAGUGUUCUCAGUCCUGAAACGUUUGCUGACAAGUAUUUGUGUUGGUUGAUGGAAAUCAACCUGGAUGACUUAGUCAUGACUUUAUGUGGGAUCCCUGAUGUGAGACUUCUGUGGUCCCAGGAUAAAAGAUUCAAGGUGCAGUUUUCAACCUUACAGGUAGGACAAAGCUAAUCAAGUGACAGGUUUACUUGAAGUGAUGUUAGAUUCUAGUGUUACAAUGUAGAGUUAGCCAUUUUCUCUUUAGUUAAAAUAAUUAACUAAUUGGUGUAAUCUGGUCAUGUUUUAGGAUAAUGGCUUACCAGACCUUAGGAAGUUUGUGCCGUUCAGCUUCUUUCCUCCAACCUACAUUCAUGAUAUAAGCUUCUGGAUAACUGAACACAUGACAGAACAACAGUUUUUUCAGGACGUUUAUGAGACGACUCAAGGUUGUGUGUGCGAUGUACAGUUCAUUGAACGAUACUAUGAUACAAAACAGGAUAAAGUGAGUUAUAAUUACCGGAUGGUUUACAGCUCAUGUGAUAGGCCACUGACCCAUCUCCAAACUGUUGAAAUGCAGAACUUGUUAAGAAGAAAGUUACUGAAUUGUGAAUUCCAUCUCAAGUAG